AUGGAACAGUAUCUUCAGCUCUUCCUUGGCCUGCCUACAGAGGUGGCAGCCACCACGGCCGCCCUCAAACCCCUCGUGAAGCUCAAGAUUGUCAAAAAGACCAAGAAGUUCAACCCACACCAGUCAGACCGAUAUGUCAAAAUUAAGCGGAACUGGCAGAAAUCCAGAGGCACUGUGCGCAGGAAAUUCAAGGGCCAGAUCCUGAUGCCCAACAUUGGUUAUGGGAGCAACAGGAAAACAAAGCUCAUGCUGCCCAGUGGCUUCCGGAAGUUCCUGGUCCACAACUUCAAGGAGCUUGAAGGGCUGCUGAUGUGAAACAAAUCUUACUGUGCUGAGAUUACCCAAGAACUCAAAGCCACUGCGGAAAGAGCAGCCCCGCUGGCCAUCAGAGUCGCCAAUCCCAAUGCCAGGCUGCACAGCAAAGAAAAUGAAUAGACAGGUCAUGUGCACAUUGUGUUUGUGUUGGAAAAAACAAUAACAAAAACAUAAAAA